AAAUGAGGCGACAAAUAGCAACCAACGUGUCAAUCAGAAAAUAUCCCAAACUUUCCCCUUUAUUUCAUCAUAUCAUAUCCAUAUAAUUUCUUCAGAUCUCACUUUCACCUUUCACUCACAUCCUCCUGCCCUAAUCCUACUGUCACCAUCUUAAUCCACCACCACCCAAUCGGAAACUCAACCAUGACAUUUCCGGCGACAAUCGCCGCCGCUACGCCGCUCAACCUCUCCUCCGUCAACACUCGCGUAACUCCUACGCUACCAUGCGCCUGUUCUUGCGAUUCAUCGUCCCUUUUCACCGUCAAAAACCUCAUCAAGCGGAGAUCUGAUCGGAGAUUGAAUCGGAUUUCUCCGGUCAAAUCAGCGGCAUCGGAUUCAACGGCGAUUGCUGACAAUCCAAUUGUUGCAUCUACAUCUGAAGAGGAUGAAAUUCAGGCGAAAGUUGGAGCUAGGGUUAGGGUUACGGUGCCGUUGAAGGUUUAUCAUGUGCCGAAAGUACCGGAAGUUGAUUUGAACGGGAUGGAAGGUAAACUGAAGGAAUACGUCGCCGUUUGGAAAGGUAAACAUAUUUCUGCUAAUUUUCCCUAUAAGAUUGAGUUUUUUGAGAAGCUUGAAGGCCGCGGUGAUGCUCCGGUGAAGUUCUUCGCGCAUCUUAAGGAAGAUGAGUUUGAAUUUCUUGACUGAUUUAUGAUUUUUGAUUGAAUAUCUAUUUGAUAUUUGAUUAUAUAUGUUCAUACAGUAUCCAAUAUACUAAUAUUAUUAGUAUAAUAACUGGUUAUCUUAUAGUUGUAUAAUGUUUUUGCUUCUGGUGAUAUUAUGAUUGUAUAUACUUGCAGAUUUUCUCCA